ACUCUUUGCUGUGACCAGAAGCCCCUGAACACUGGCCUUGAGCAUGAACACCCAGGGAGAAGACUCACAGCACAGGGCCAUCGUCCGAAUAGCAGCCCACUUGCCGGACCUCAUCGUCUACCGGCCUUUCUCCCCAGAGCUGCCUUCUGUGGACCAUUUUGACGGGGUCUUGAUGUUCGUGGAUAUUUCAGGCUUUACUGAAAUGACAGAGAAGUUCAGCAGAGCCAUGUACAUGGACCGCGGGGCCGAGCAGCUGGUGGAGAUCCUCAACUACCACAUCAGCGCAAUCGUGGAGAAAGUGUUGAAUUUUGGAGGAGACAUCUUAAAGUUUGCAGGCGACGCGCUGCUGGCCAUCUGGAAGGUGGGGCGGGAGCGGCUGAAAGGCACCAUCACGGUGGCGGUGAAGUGCAGCCUGGAGGUCCACCGGCUGCUUGAGGCCCAGGAGCCCAAGGAAGGCCUGGACGUCCGAGUUAAGAUAGGCCUGGCCGCUGGCCACAUCACCAUGUUGGUCUUUGGAGAUAAAACACACAACCACUUCGUGAUGGCCGGCCAGGUGGUAGAAGAUGUGCGCCUUGCACAGAACAUGGCACAGAUGAACGACGUCAUUCUGUCCCCAAACUGCUGGCAGCUCUGUGACCGCAGCAUGAUUGAGAUCGAGAGGAUUCCAAAUGAGAGGGCAGUUAAGGUUACGUUCUUAAAAACACCCCCUUCCUUUAACUUCGAUGAAUUUUUCACCAACUGUAUGACUUUCAUGGAUUAUUACCCAUCUGGUGACCACAAAAGCCUGCUGAGGCUCACGUGCAAACUGGAGUCGGAUCCUGAACUGGAGCUGUCCCUACAAAAGUAUCUGAUGGACAGCAUAUUGAAGCAGAUCGACGACAAGCAGCUUCGGGGGUAUUUGUCUGAGCUGCGCCCAGUGACCAUUGUGUUUGUGAACCUGCUGUUUAAGGACCAGGACAAAGCAGAAGUCAUCGGCUCGGCCAUUCAGGAGGCCUUUGUGCACAUCAGUUCUGUCCUGAGGGUCUUCCGAGGCCAAAUCAAUAAAGUCUUCAUGUUUGACAAGGGCUGCUGCUUCCUCUGUGUCUUUGGCUUCCCCGGGGAAAAGGCACCUGAUGAGGUCACUCAAGCCUUGGAAAGUGCGGUGGAUAUAUUUACGUUCUGCUCUCAGGUCCCCCAUAUCCACACUGUCUCCGUCGGAGUGACCAGCGGGAUCGUCUUCUGUGGCAUCAUCGGACACUCCAUGAGACAUGAGUACACAGUAAUCGGUCAGACAGUUAACACAGCUGCCAGGAUGAUUGUGUAUUACCCAGGGAUCGUGACCUGUGACUCUGUCACCUACAAGGGCAGUAACCUACCAGCCUACUCUUUCAAGGAACUCCAAAAGAAAACCAUGAGAGGGGUUGCCGAUUCCGGACCGGUCUACCAGUGUCUGGGCAUUAAAAGGGAAGACAUAUUUGGUGAGCCAGGUCUCACCUGCAACAGAAAUAAGCACUACCCUUUGCUGGGACGUGAUAAGGAGAUCGAUCACUUCAUGCGCACUAAGAAGGAAUUCUUGACGCACAACUGCAGCCGAGUCCUGGUGUACGAAGGGGCAUCAGGGUGCGGAAAAAGCCAGAUACUUGCGCAGAUUGAGUGCCUGGCCCAAAACGAGAACCACAGGACUAUCACUAUUGAGCUGACUAAGAUCAGCUUCCAAAAAAAUUUUUAUACCAUCCCGAUGCUCAUGGUCAAUGUACUACAUCUGCAUUCUUGUAAAAAUUACGGAGAACGACAGACCAACCUUCAAAAUAAAGUCAACGGGCUGUUGGAUAAAAAGUUCUACUGCAUUCUUAACGACAUCUUCUAUGUUCAGUUCCCUGUUUCAAGAGAGGUUUCCAAGAUGAGCGCCUUAAGGAAGCAAAACCAUUUGGAAGAAUUGUUUAUGAAGAUCUUGAAGCAAACCGUGAACGAGGAGAGGAUCAUUUUCAUCAUCGAUGAGGGCCAGUUCGUCGACUUGGCCUCCUGGGCCUUCCUGGAGAAGCUCCUCCAGACUGCCCCCGUCUUCCUCGUCAUGUCCCUGUCCCCCUUUACCGACGCACUCUGCCCAGCAGCCAGCACGGUGAUGAGGAGCAGGACCACCACCCACAUCAUCCUCGGGGCCAUGCAGCCCGCAGACAUUGGCCACAAGGUCUGCCUGGACCUCGGCGUCAGGAGCAUCCCCAAAGAACUGAACUCGUACCUGGCAGAGGGCAGCUGUGGGAUUCCAUUGUACUGUGAAGAGCUGUUAACAAAUCUCAAACAUGAUAGGGUUCUCGUCUUCCAGCCAAUGGAGUCUGAGGAAAAACCAAGCAUGGACUGGAACAGCCUGCUCAGGAGUUUUGCUAAGCCAAUAGGGGAACCAAAGACAUUUCCUGUCAGUAAUGAUGAGGGAAGUGAAAAAGUCUGUAACCUCGUCAGUGGCGUCGUACUGAAAAACUUGUUACCACCAGCAUCAUUAAAAGAAACCUGUCUGGUGCAGCUGGAUAGCAUGAGCUUCUCCCACCAGAUGCUGGUGAGGUACGCUGCCGUGGCCGCCGUAGCCAGCCUGACCUUCACCACGGGGCUGCUGCUGGAGAUCCUCCCGUGCUGGAACAUGAAGAUGAUGACCAAGGCCCUGGCGGGUCUCAUGAAGUCCGGUGUCUUUGGCUGUUUCCGGAGCAGCAAGGAGCUCCGGACGGCUUUAGAGCACAAUGAGGCCUCGUUUGAGGUGCACCACCGCUCCAGCUGCCUGAAGCCCAGGGAAGGAGUGGCUUGCCGCGAGCAGGAAGAGCUUCAUGAACUGGAGAGCAAGGUGAUCGAGUGCCUUGUCAUUCGAUUCUGCAGGCCUGUGAUGCAGCAAACAGCCUACGAGCUGUGGCUGAAGGACCAGAAGAGAGCUAUGCACUUGACAUGUGUCCACUUCUUAGAGGAAAACGCACACAGGUGUGACCGCUGCCGCAGCAGGGACUUCAUUCCCUUUCACCACUUUGUGGUGGACACCCGGCUCAAUGCUUUGGACAUUAAGGAGAUGGCUAAGUCCCACAGAUUUCAAACUGAAGAAGAGACCACCUUCUCCAAAACACAGAUUCCUAAGAGAUCUGAGAAGAUAUUUCCUGAAAAUCUCAGUCCUGAAGAAAUAAGGGAAAAGAUUCUGAACUUCUUUGACACCAUUAUAGCAAAAAUGAAGACCCCUGAGAGGGACCUCGUCCCUCUGGAGCCCUGCCGGUGCGAGGAGAUCCUGGAGACUGUCUUCAGGCCUCUGGCCUACCACUUUCUGGCUUUGGGAGAAAACAACAAAGCCUUGUAUUACUUCCUAGAAAUUGUGUCUGCUUAUCUCACCCUGGGUGAUAAUUACAUGGUGUACGUGUAUCUGAACGAGGGAGAGAGGCUGCUCAAGAUGCUCAAGAAGGAGAACUCCUGCAGUCAGACUUUUGAGUCAGCUACGUUAUAUAGCUUCAAAGGCCAGGUCUGUUUCUCCGAGGGCCAGAUGGUGCUCGCCGAGAAGAUGCUGAGGAAGGCGCUGAGGCUGCUCAACCGAAUCUUCCCUUGCAACCUAAUAUCCCUAUUUCUCCAGACCCACGUGGAGAAAAAUCGACACUUCCGUUACAUGAGUCAGCCGGCGCACAAGAGCCUGCUGCCAGGGAAGAAGAGGCUGGCUCAGCUGUGCCAGCAAACUGCCUGCCUCUCUUUGCUGUGGCAGAUCUACAGCUUAAAGGACUUCUUCAACUACAAGCAUUACGGCCACCUGGCGGCUAUGAUGCAGGUGAAUACCGCACUGGAGUCUCAGGAUGACUUCCAGAUCGUUAAGGCCUACCUGGACUAUUCGCUGCACCACCAGCUGGCCGGCUACGAGGGCGUGUGGUUCAAGUACGAAGUCCUGGCCGUGGAGCAGCUCUUCAACCUUCCCCUGAAAGGCGAGGGCAUUGAGAUCAUCACAUACGCGGCCUACACGCUGAGUUAUAUCAAGUUUAUGAUGGGCUACCUGGACCUGGCCAUCGACUUAGGCUCUCGAGCCCACAAGUUGUGCGCCCUGCUCCGAAAUCCCAACGAGUGCUACAUGGUCCUCUGCUGGCUCAGCAAAUCUCUCUUCUUGAAAAGCAGACAUAAGCAGCUGGUCCAGGUGCUGGGGCGGCUGUGGGACCUCUCUGUGGCGGAGGAGCACAUCUUAAGCAAGGCAUUUUUUUAUUUUGUCUGCCUGGACAUCAUGCUUUAUUCUGGCUUUGUUUAUAGGCCAUUUGAAGAAUGUUUGGAUUUCAUAAAACAAAACGAAGACAACAGAAUCCUCAGGUUACAAAGUGGAAUCCUCCUGGGGCUCUACUCCUGUGUAGCUAUCUGGUAUGCCAGACUCCAGGAAUGGAACUACUUUCAUGAAUUUUCCGAUACAGUCAAAAAUCUAGUGCCAAGAAGAACCCCGACAGCUCUAUACUACGAAGGGAUCAGUAGGUUCCUGGAGGGGCAGGUUCUCCACCUCCAAAAGAAAAUCGAAGAGCAGCCUAGCAGUGCUCAGGAAAGUGGUGCCGAGGCGCUCAAGAACUUGGAGAGCCUGGUGGCUCACAACACCGUCAGCCCUGUCUUCUACCCGAGGCUCUACCACCUGAUGGCCUAUGUGUGCACACUCAUGGGAGACGUGCAGAACUGCGACCUUUUCCUGAACACAGCUUUACAGCUCUCUGAAACUCAGGGAAACGAGCUGGAGAAGUGCUGGCUGAACAUAAGCAAAGUAUGUACCGCCAGCUGCCAGCUGGGCUGGGGGGUGCCCACCCUUCUAAGCUUACUGCCUGCCGAGCUUGGCCCAGGCACGGAGGCCAUCACACGCGGUUCUGAGACGUUCCUGUCGGUUUCCUCCCGCCGGAACCGCACAGGCCGGGGCCAGGCGCCCCCGCGGCGGUCUGGCGGCGGCUCCUCCUCGCGGCAGGGCGGGCGGCGCCCCUCUCCGGCCGGCAGGUGGCGGCACCGGGCCCGCGUGGCCGCCGAGCGGCUCCCGCCCUGCUCCCCGAGCUCUGCGUCCAGGGCCCCGAGGGCUUCUGCAGCGGCCCCCUCUUACCUGCGGCGAGCUCCCGGCGCUAGUUCCCAGCAACACACUUGGGAAAGUCGAUUCUGGCUGGGACUCUUCUUGGGAGAAGGCAGAUGA